GGGUUAACUUUCCUUUGGCCUGUCUCUUCCCCAGUGACUAACAUGUAUUAAUAAAAUCAGACUCUGCUGAGGGUGCAAGGGUGUCUGCCCUUUGUUCAUACUUAAAGGCUGUUAAUAACUAUUGUUCCUCUUUCAUUCUGCAGCCCACUUGCACUUUUGACUUACUGGAUUUUGAUGUUGAACUGAGCACAUCCAGAGAUGGAGAAAAACAACUCCAUGUAUGGACAAGCAGGUUACGACAUAUGUUAGAAUGUGGUCGAGCCCUUCCUUGGCUGCCUGCGAGCACGAGGGAAGGGCUCUGUGUGUGUGUGGGUAUAAAAGUGCUCUUGCUGAAUAAAUCACUCAUCUCUCUACGAGAGUGUUUGUUCCUCAUUUGCACCGAGAGAGCGCUCUAUCUUGUGGUCUUAGCGGGAUUUGCCGAGCUGGAUUAUCGCUUCAUUCUCUGGUUUCUGAGGGAGAACACUGUCCAAGGAGACCCUUCCUAACAGCGACUGAACUAACAUGAUAUCAUGUCAUGAGGCCUUUAGUGAUUCCCACCCCUAUCAACUAUUGACAAAAUGAGCCAAUCACGGUGUUUGCUUGAAAGCACACCCUAAGCUUCUACAUAGAGUUUGGAGGACUUUCCUGUGUUAUCUGUAAGCUCAAGCUUACCAACCAACCACAUCAGGAAUCGCCUCUCUGAGGAGAACAUCAGGCUGCUGAAAUCGGGAAAUGAGAACAUGGCAGCCAAAAAAAGCUCCAGUAGUCGGGAAACGUCCAGCGCUACUCUCUGUACUAAAUCACCUCGCAAAAGAGUGCCGAAAAACAGACUCAGGGAGAAAAAUUUCCAGUGCUCAGACUGUGGGAAGAGCUUUACUCAACCAGUUGAGCUACAGAGCCACCAGCUGGUCCACGCAGGGGAGAAGCCGCAUCGCUGCUCGGACUGUGGGAAACGUUUUAGCAGCAGGAGUUCUGUCAAAAGACACCAGCGCAUUCACGCAGGGGUGAAGCCGUACGAGUGCUCAACGUGUGGAAAGAGUUUUACUCAGCAGAGUAACUUCCGAAGACACCAGCGCACUCACACAGGAGAGAAGCCGCAUCACUGCUCAGAGUGUGGGAAGAGGUUUACUACAAACUGUGGUCUCCAAAUACACCAGCGCAUUCACACAGGAGAGAAGCCGUAUCACUGCUCAGAGUGUGGGAAGAGGUUUAUCCGACAGUAUCACCUCCAACUACACCAGAACAUCCACACAGGCUCCAAAACGUAUCAUUGCUCAGAGUGCGGCCAGAGCUUUGCUCGACAGACUUAUCUCUAUCAGCACAAGCGCGUUCACUCCCAAGAAAAGCUGUUCGACUGUUCCGAGUGCGGGAAGAGCUUUCGAGAUAAAAGAUCCCUCCGAAGUCACCAGCGCAUUCACACCGGAGAGAAGCCGUAUCAGUGUGCAGAGUGUGGGAAGACUUUCAGAGAAAGAGUUUCUCUCAGAGUACACAAGGCUGUCCACACGGGCCUGAAGCCGUACUGUUGCACAGAGUGUGGGAAGGGUUUUGCUCAGCAAGGAGCUCUCCGCCAACACCAGCUCAUUCACACCGGAGCGAAGCCGUAUUACUGUUCAGAUUGCGGGAAGUGUUUUAACGUGCUGGGCAAUUUCCACAGACACCAGCGCACUCACGCAGGAGUGAAGCCGUAUUACUGUGAGGAGUGUGGAAAGUGUUUUACUGCCAGAAAGUCUCUUCAAAUACACCAGCGCACUCAUACAGGAGAGAAGCCGUAUCACUGCUCAGAGUGUGGGCAGAGCUUCAAGCGACAAGAAAGGCUAAAGACUCACAAGUGCAGAAAGACUCAGAUUUAAGCCAGAACCAUGACUAUCCUUAUCAAUUUUAUAUGUUUACUUAAAUGACUAAAUGUAUUUUUGUGAUUUAUAUAACUUCCACUGCAGAUUAAUGGGGUGGCAUGG